AUGAGUGGAUUUGCAUUGGAUCUCAAGUCCAAGGGUAAGAAAUCUGGCAAGAAGAAGAGAAGUAAUGUGUUCGGUGAGGAUGAUCAGGGCAAGAAGAAGACCAAGAUAAAGCUAACGCAUGUGGAUGAGUACCAAGAAGAACCAGAGAAAAAGCUGGUCAUCGAACCAGAAACAUUGAGAUCUAGUUUCUUUAAUGGUGAGAGACCUGCCAAGGCUAACACAAAAGACGCUAAACCCAAAUAUGGACUCAUAACGGUAAAUGAUGAGAAUCAGCAGGAAGAUACGUCGAAUGGUCAAGAACACAUCAACUUAAAGCUUCCGGAUGAGGAUUCGUUACCUGAAAUCACGAAGAAAGAGGAAUAUGAAAAAGUCCCUGUAGAAGAAUUUGGUGAAGCUUUACUAAGGGGAAUGGGAUGGGAUGGUAAAGAGGAUGAGAGGAACGGUGGUGAUUCGCCAGCACCGAGACUGCCAUUCUUGGGAAUUGGUGCGAAGGCCCUACCGAAUCACAAUAAUAAUGGUAGGAAUAAAGAGCAGGAGGACUCAUAUAUGCCCGUGGUCAAAGUUGAUAAAAAAUCGGGAGAAAAGGUUACAUGA